CCUUAAACUAUAAGUGUGGAAACGAACUGAUCCACUUUUUGCGAGACUUGUGCGUGUGCUGAAUAUGCCUCCACCGACAGCAGUGAAAUUACAGAUGUUGAGUAUGAUGAUGCUCUUUGUCGUGUCUUUCGCCUGGGCCUACCACGAAAUACCCAAGUAUCAGCACCGAGACCCGGUGACAUCUAAGGUGCUUCUUUGUGACCAGUGUCCACCCGGCACGGCUGUGGAGCGCCACUGCAGCGCAGAGGAACCUACUGUUUGUGCCCCCUGUCCAGAGAAACGCUUUGCAGAACAGUGGCACUGGGGAGACAGCUGUCAGCAUUGUAUGUCUGUCUGCAAGGAAAGACAGAUUGUACAGAGGGAGUGUAACAGCACUCAUGACAGGCUCUGCGAGUGUAUUCACGGGUAUCACCUGGUUGUGGAAUUUUGCGUCCGACACACCACCUGCCCGCCUGGCUCUGGAGUCGUAGUACAGGGCACACCAGAGAGGGACACGGUGUGUGAGAAGUGUCCUCAGGGUUAUUUCUCCAGCACAUCCUCAUCUAUAGAGCCCUGCUUGCCCCACAGGGACUGCACUCGAAUGGGUCUGAAGACCCUCAGAGCAGGCACAGCAACCCAGGACACACUGUGUGAGACUGAGAGUAAAGACUUCACCUUUGACUGCUCCCAUCAGCACACAGAGUGUCAAACUGACAUCACUCUAUGUGAGGAAGCCAUUUUUCAUUUCCUUGCAUCUCCUCCUUUGGCCUCGGUCCCUGUGGAGCAUCUGUCUGAGAGUCUUCCAGGACGCAAGGUGGACUGGAAGAGUGUAGAGAAGCUGAAGAAGAGCUGCAGCCCUCAGCAGCAGAUGCUACACCUGCUCCGCCUUUGGAGAGAACAAAAUAAAGACCAAGACAAAUUCUUCAGCAUCAUUCAAGGUGUGAACCAUUGUGAGCGGAAAGUAUCGCGCUGUGCCAGCGUGAAGAACCUCACCCUGGGAGACCUGUUGGUCUUGAUGGAGAGUUUACCUGGUGAGAAGGUGAGCGAGGAGGACAUACGAGCCAUGGUCCGCUCCUGCCCCUCAGAACGAUACAUCCUGCAGCUCCUCCACUUGUGGAAAAUUCAGAAUGGAAGUCACGACCUGUCCAAAGCAUUAGCCCACAGCAUCCGCAAACUACGCUUGAAAGGUGCCCGUCGACCCCUCCUCAAAACUCUGAAGAGGAUCAGUCGAAUUAUUAGUGCGUCGUCUAUACACCGAAUGUAUGAAAAGAUGAUUGUCAACAUGCUCCAGGACAGCAUGUGCUUCAAAACCAAACUGUACAAUGAUUAAUUAAACAGUAUAUGGCCAAAAGUAUGUGGACACCCAAACACCACAACCAUUUGUGCAGCCAUAUGUGUUGAACAUUCCAUUUCGAAUCCAUGGCCAUUAAUAGAGAGUUUGUGUUCUCUAAAAGCUUCCACUCUUCUGUGUAGGCUUGACACUAGAUGUUGAAACAUAAAUGCAGGGAUUUAAUCCCAUUCAGACACAAUAGCUCUAGGUGUAAAAUCUUUCAGCGGUCAGUGUGACCUGCACAUUGGACCUGUCACAGCCACAGGCAGCUACCAGAAACAAUUUAAAACCGGUGCCGCUGUAUUCUUGCUUCAAAUUAGCGUGAGUAGUGCAUCACUUCAAAAGCAAAUAGAUCCCAUAAAUAAUCAAUGACGUCUAAACUGGAAGAGUCUGUUGCGGCACACUGACAAAAAAAUUAAAAUAAUGGCAGAAGAUUAUGGUAUUACCGUGGAAAGUGACUGAAGGCCACCCCUGUCAUGGAAAGAUUUUAACUCCUCACAACAAGAGCAUGGGGUGAUAGGGUCUGACUUGCAAUCAGCAUUGCAAUCAGUUGCGUAACUACAGGCAGUGCGGGGUGUGCAGCCGCACUUGGUCCAGGGGUAAAAGGGUGGGCCCGUGACAGACGCGGAAGAGAUUGUUAAAACGGCCAUGGGCCAGAUUGGCAAUGAAAACAGCCGAAGGGGGAAAAGUUCUAUUGAAUACAAUCAUAACACUGUACAAUUAGGUGCAACAGUGAGGAAAAACGUUAUGAAAAUGAAGAGGAGAAGAAGCUGCACCACUGUGUAGCAAGCAAGCUAAUUGGAGCGAUGGCAGGCUUCUCAGUCUUACAGCCUCUAUAUGGUUAGGAUUAGGGAGGAGGGCAGGUUUAGGGCCUCUGCUGUCUGCCAGGAACAAUUCCAGGCAUAUUUGUACAAUGGGCGGUAAUUGGCUGUAUGCUAAGCUAAUAGGCUAACCAUUUAGAUUGUGAGCUAACUAGAGAAAACAGAACAGAUGCAUUUUUAUUUUCCCCAUAUAUAUCUUCAAUUUUAAUAUGAUGUAUGACAUAUAAUUUAAAAGUUGUUGUUUUUCAUAUUUACAGUUGAAGUCAGAAGUUUAUAUACACUAAGGUUGAAGUCAUUAAAAUGUUUUUUUUUUUUUUUUAACCACUCCACAUAUGAAAUAUUACCUAACUAUUGUUUUGAAAAGUAAUUUAGGACAUCUACUUUGUGCAUGACACAAGUAAUUUUUACAACAAUUGUUUACAGACAGAUUGUUUCACUUUUAUUUGACUAUAUCACAAUUCAAGUUUACAUAUGCUAAGUUAACUGUGCCUUUAAGCAGCUUGGAAAAUUCCAAAAAGUGAUGUCAAGCCUUUAGACUAUUAGCCAAUUAGCUUCUGAUAGGAGGUGUACCUGUGGAUUUAUUUUAAGUCCUACCUUCAAAAUCAGUGCCUCUUUGCUUGACAUCACGGGAAAAUCAAAAGUAAUCAGCCAAGACCUCAGAAAGAAUUGUGGACCUCCACAAGUCUGGUUCAUUCUUGGGAGCAAUUUCCAAACACCUGAAGGUACCACGUUCAUCUGAACAAACAAUAGUAUGCAAGUAUAAACACCAUGGGACCAUGCAGUCACUAUACCACUCAGGAUGGAGAUGCAUUCUGUCUCCUAGAGAUGAACGUAGUUUGGUGCAAAAAGUGCAAAUCUAUGCCAGAACAACAGCAAAGGACCUUGGAAGAUGCUGGACGAAACAAGUAGACAACUAUCUAUAUUCACAGUAAAACGAGACCUAUAUCGACAUAACCUGAAAGGCUGCUCAGCAAGGAAGAAUCCACUGCUCCAAACUCGCCAUGAAAAAGCCAGACUAUAGUUUGCAGAUGCACAUGGGGACAAAGAUCUUACAUUUUGGAGAAAUUUCUUCUGGUCUGAUGAGACAAAAAUUGAACAUAAUGACCAUCGUUAUGUUUGGAGGAAAAAGGGUGAGGCUUGCAAGCCGAAGAACACCAUACCAGCUGUGAAGCAUGGGGGUGGCAGCAUCAUUUUGUGAUGGUGCUUUGCUGCAGGACUGGUGCACUUAACAAAAUAGAUGGCAUCAUGAGGAAGGAAAAUUAUGAGGAUAUAUUGAAGCAACAUCUCAAGACAUCAGCCAUGAAGUUAAAGCUCGGUCGCAAAUGGGUCUUCCAAAUGGACAAUGACUCCAAGCAUACCUCCAAAGUUGUGGCAAAAUGGCUUAAGGACAACAAAGUCAAGGUUUUGGAGUAGCCAUCACAAAGCCCUGACCUCAAUCUGAUAAAAAUUUUGUGGGCAGAACUAAAAAAGCAUGUGCAAGGCGGCCUACAAACCUGACUCAGUUACACCAGUUCUGUCUGGAGGAAUGGGCCAAAAUUCCAGCAGCUUAUUGUGAGAAGCUUGUGGAAGGCUACCCAAAACGUUUGACCCAAGUUAAACAAUUUAAAGGCAAUGAUACCAAAUGCUAACCAAGUGUAUGUAAACUUCUGACCCACUGGGAAUGUGAUGAUAGAAAUAAAAGCUGAAAUAAAUAAUUCUCUCUACUAUUAUUCUGAUAUUUCACAUUCUUAAAAUACAGUAGUGAUCCUAACUUACCUAAGACAGGGGAUGUUUUCUACGAUUAAAUGUCACGAAUUUUCAAAAACUGAGUUUAUAUGUAUUUGGCUAAGGUGUAUGUAAAGUUCUGACUUCAACUGUACAUAGUUAAGACAACAUGAAUUAUACAGUGAUUGCAUAGGAUUUUAAAAGUUAUUUCAGCCAAUAGAAUCGCUUUGUGAUCUGAGGCGGUGUUACUUGGAGUGGGUGUAUUGUGUUGUGAAUAUUCCUUGUCGUCUUGCAGGACACAAACAGAUACACUUGCAAAGUUGAAAGCACACAAUUCUCUAGAAUGUCAUUAUAUGCUGUAGCAAGCAUUAAGAUUUGUCUUCACUGAAAUUAAAGGACCUAGCAAAACUCGUUAAUUAGAUGGGGGAGUCCACAUACUUUUGGCUAUAUAAACAUAUUAAAGGAUGACUGAAAGAAGAGUUAUUUAAAUUAAAAGAAGUUGUAAAUAGUAUUGUUUUUGGACUAAUAAUGAG